AUGCCCCGCGUUCGAGGUCGUCGGCCUCCAAGGAAGGAGGUCUACUGGUGGUCCCAGGAGCUGGCGGACCUCCGUGCGGCCUGUACACGUGCCCGGAGGUCCUACACACGCAGUCGGCGGCGUCACCGUGGAGACGGUGAGGAGGACCGGCUUCAUGAGGAGUACCGACGGGCGCGGAAAACUCUGAAGCUGGCCAUUAGCCGCGCCAAAGAGGAAAAGAGACAGGAGAUGCUGGAGGGUCUUAAUCGUGACCCCUGGGGUCGCCCUUACCGCGCGGUGCGACAAAAGCUCCGCGCGUCGGGCCCCCCCCUUACGGAGACUCUCCAGCCCAGCUUCCUGCGAGAAGUGGUUGAGGGCCUUUUCCCACAACGAGCGGAACACACUCCCCCGUCGAUGGCCUCCCUGGCCGGAGACGACGGGGAGCACGGGGAGGACAAUGUUCCGCCCGUCCGGGAUUCGGAGGUAGGGGCGGCUGUUCUACGGAUCCGUUCCAAGAACACCGCCCCUGGGCCAGACGGGGUACCGGCCCGAGUGCUGGCCCUGGCCCUCAACCACAUGGCAGACCGCCUCGGGGAGGUGUUCGACGCUAGCUUGGCGUCGGGACGCUUCCCUGAGUGCUGGAAGAGCGGGAAGCUGGUCCUAUUAAGGAAGCCGGGACGGCCUGCCGAUUCGGUCGCGGCCUAUAGGCCCAUCGUGCUGCUGGACGAGGCGGGCAAAUUGUUUGAGAGGGUUCUUUCUGCCCGCAUCGUCCGGCACAUCUGCGAGGUGGGCCCCGAUCUGUCGGAUGCCCAAUUUGGUUUUCGGGCGGGGCGUUCGACAGUCGACGCCGUGUUGCGCCUGAGGGCCGUGACCGAAGAGGCCGUGAGCUGUGGCGGCGUGCUGUUGGCGGUGUCAUUAGACAUCGCCAACGCAUUCAAUAGUCUGCCAUUCAGCUGCAUCAGGGAAGCACUCCACUAUCAUGGGGUGCCAAAGUACCUGAGGCGGCUGGUGGCAGACUAUUUAGAGGAGCGUACCGUCGUGUACGAGGACCGAGAAGGUAAUUUGAGGAGUCGGCCCAUGUCGUGCGGUGUUCCACAGGGGUCUGUUCUUGGACCCCUCUUGUGGAACAUAGGGUACGACUGGGCCCUUCGCGCCGAUUUCCCCCCCGGGCUGGGUGUAAUCUGUUACGCAGACGAUACCCUCGUGACAGCCCGGGGGGCAAACUUCCAAGAGGCGGCGCGCCUGGCCACAGGGGGAGUCUCCCUGGUGGUCGGGCGCAUUGAGGCGCUGGGCUUACGGGUGGCCCUAGAUAAGACGGAGGCCCUGUUAUUUCAUGGGCCCCGUCGUGGUCCACCCCCUGGCGCCUCCAUCGUGGUCAACUCGGUCCUCGUACCGGUUCGGGCCCAGAUGAAAUAUCUGGGCCUGAUCCUCGACGGGAGGUGGCUCUUCGACGAGCACUUCCGACAGCUUGCUCCAAAGCUGGUCGGCGCUGCGUCUGCCCUAGGGCGACUCUUGCCCAAUAUGGGUGGACCCAGCGUCGUGACAAGACGGCUGUACACGGGGGUUGUCCGGUCAAUGGCGCUGUACGGUGCACCGGUGUGGGCGGCGGCUCUGACCGCCCAGAAUAGGGUACGCCUCUGGCGCCCUCAGAGGGUAAUGGCGGUCAGAGCCAUACGCGGUUACCGCACCGUUUCGACGGAGGUGGCAUGCGCAUUGGCCGGAACUCCCCCGUGGGAUUUGGAGGCGGAAGUGCUCGCCGAAGUUUAUCGGCGAGUGGCUGACUUCCGGGCGGAAGGCGGAUUUCGCCCUCCGCCCGAGGAUGUGCGCGAGUGGCGCGAAGCCGCUCGCCGAGCCACGAUGGCUCGUUGGUCGUUCCGGCUGGAGACUCCACGCGCUGGCUUCGCCGCCGUGGAGGCUCUCCAGCCGGUCAUCGCCGAGUGGGCAGGGCGGCAGCACGGGACCCUUUCCUUCCGACUGACGCAGGUGCUUUCCGGGCACGGUUGCUUCGGAAAGUACCUGCACACGGUCGCUAGGAGGGAACUGAGUCGCGCCUGCCACCACUGCGACUGCAGUGAGGACUCGGCCCAGCACACGCUGGCGGUCUGCCCCGCAUGGGCGGCGCAGCGCCGGGCCCUCACUGCAGUCAUCGGAGUGGAUCUCUCGCUACCGGCCGUAGUACGCUCCAUGGCCGGUAGCGACAGUUGUUUUACCGCGGUCGCAACCUUCUGCGAGGUAGUAAUCUCGCGGAAGGAGGCGGCGGAGAGGGCCCGGGAGGACGACCUCCACUCGGACCCGAUCCGCCGCCGGCGAACCGGGCGGCGGAGGCCCGCCUACCACAGCCUCAUGCCGCCCUGA